AUGAACGAGUCCGAUAAUUACCAAGAAAUAGUUCCUGCUGACAUACAAGCCUUGAAAGCUAGUAUAACAAAAUGCACAGAAACAUUUUCUGACUGCAUGCAAAUAAAGACUAAUAAUAUUAUUGUUAAAGAUAAAAUGAAAGAAAUCAUUAAAGUUCGUUUGGUUUUUCAAAACUUUGUAGAGAAAUCUGUUGACCACUGCACGAAAUUAUCAGGUUAUAUUGUAGACUUGGAAGGGGUUGUAGAUCUUGUUAAUGAUAAAACAAUUUGCGUAGAAGAUUUCAUAGAUAUGAUAAAAUCAUUAUCUAAUGAAACCAAAGAUUAUGAAACAAUUUCACAAGAUUUAUUAGGACAAGUCAAGAAAUUUUUAGAUAAAUUUUUGUAUAUUCAUGACGAUUUUAAAUCUUAUAUGAAUGAAAUCAAAGAGGCAAUUGAUGAGAUGAAUAUUGAAUUAAAAUAUGAUAGAACAGAUCUAAUUGACGUUGCAGCAGAAUUAGUAAAAUAUCAACAAA